GGGAGAGCCGACUCCGCCUCCUUUGCGCAUGCUCGGGCCCCAGCGGGUUAUAAGGCAGACUCGCGGGCCCGGCCCGACAAAGUGCUAGUGAGCGGCUACGGAGUAGCCGGCCGCGUGGGUGCCGGAGCGAGCGAACGAGGCAGCGAGCGAAGGACGCGACCUGGACCUGGGGUCCCGCGGAACUCUAGCCGCGCGGCCGCGUCACGCACGCGCUCGGCGCCGUGAGCCGCGCAUAACGGUUAGUUGGGUAACGGCCGGCGGCGGGGCUUGGCGCGGACCCCGCGGUGCCCGCGGUGCCCUCGCUGCCUCGGCGAGGUCGGAGGGAGCUUCGGGGAGCGGAGAUCUUGGCCUCUGGGGGAGGGAGGCAGCCCGGCGGGGGCACGUUGGCGGCGGGCAGCCGCGUGGCCCCAGAGUCAAGCGUUGGUGAAGGAGACCUUGAAGCGCUGGGGACAGCGCCGCUCCCAGCCGAACUACGGCCCGGUGGUCAGGUGCCGGCCACCGGCCUGGCCAUCGUGGUGCCGGUGACCUUGGGGAAGUCGCUUCCUCUGUAGUCUUCAGUAGGCUCCCCAUGAGAUGCUUUUGAUCUGGAAAAAGGACAACGUGGGGCUGAUUCACGUGGUGCCUCCUGGCGGCGUUCUGCUCCAAGGGAAGGGACUCGGGGCUGGAGUUAUUUUGGACUCGUGGCAUGCCCGCCCCAGCCUCCUCGGCCAGCCAAUCCUUGUCCCACUGGUGACUUGCGAUAGUGGUUUGAGGAGCUGCAGUCCCCGCGGCCAAGGCGUGACUGCAGGGUUCGAGUGGACUUUGCCGAGGGGACCGGGCACCUGGCAGACUCCCAGGACUGCUGCUGACGGGGGCCCUUUGUCAUUCAACCUGUGGCUGCGGCACGGCUGCCGCAGUGCCCUCAGGUCUCAGGCGGCCCUGUUGGGAGGAAUCUGAAGGAUAGCGCUACACUUGGUCAGAUGCACGCUGUGUGUUCCAAAUAUUUGGAUUUGAACUGCAUUUUGGAAUUCAUCUACACUUAAAAUGCCACCAGUAGUUGGAGGUCCAGUUGGAUACACUCCCCCAGAUGGAGGCUGGGGGUGGGCAGUGGUAGUUGGAGCUUUCAUUUCCAUUGGUUUCUCUUAUGCAUUUCCCAAAUCUAUUACUGUAUUCUUCAAAGAAAUUGAAGGUAUAUUCAAUGCCACCACCAGUGAAGUGUCAUGGAUAUCCUCCAUCAUGUUGGCUGUUAUGUAUGGUGGAGGUCCUAUCAGCAGUAUCCUGGUGAAUAAAUACGGCAGUCGUCCAAUCAUGAUUAUUGGGGGCUGCUUGUCAGGCUGUGGCUUAGUUGCAGCUUCUUUCUGUAACACUGUGCAGCAGCUUUACUUGUGUGUCGGCGUCAUUGGAGGUCUUGGGCUUGCCUUCAACUUGAAUCCAGCUCUGACCAUGAUUGGCAAAUAUUUCUACAAGAGGCGACCAUUAGCAAAUGGACUUGCCAUGGCAGGCAGCCCUGUGUUCCUCUCUACCCUGGCCCCCCUCAAUCAGGCUUUCUUUGGUAUCUUUGGCUGGAGAGGAAGCUUCCUAAUUCUUGGAGGCUUCCUACUAAACUGCUGUGUGGCUGGAGCCCUGAUGCGACCAAUAGGGCCCAAGCCAACAAAUGCAAAGAAAGACAGGUCUAAAGAGUCCCUUCAGGAAGCUGGAAAAUCUGAUGCAAAAAAAGGGGCAGGUGAUGCAAAUACGGAUCUUAUUGGAGGAAACGCCAAAGAGGAGAAACAAUCAGUCUUCCAAACAAUUAAUAAAUUCCUGGACUUAUCCUUGUUCACGCACAGAGGCUUCUUGCUAUACCUCUCUGGAAAUGUGCUCAUGUUUUUUGGACUGUUUACGCCUUUAGUCUUUCUUAGUAAUUAUGGCAAGAGUCAGCAUUACUCUAGUGAGAAGGCGGCCUUCCUUCUUUCCAUUCUGGCUUUUGUUGACAUGGUAGCCAGACCUUCUAUGGGACUUGUAGCCAACACAAGGUGGAUAAGACCUCGAGUUCAGUAUUUCUUUGCUGCUUCUAUCGUUGCAAAUGGAGUGUGUCAUCUGGUAGCACCUUUAUCCUCCAGCUAUAUUGGGUUCUGUGUCUAUGCGGGAUUCUUUGGAUUUGCAUUUGGGUGGCUCAGCUCCGUAUUGUUUGAAACGCUGAUGGACCUUGUUGGGCCCCAGAGGUUCUCCAGCGCUGUGGGAUUGGUGACCAUUGUGGAAUGCUGUCCUGUCCUCCUGGGGCCACCGCUUUUAGGUCGUCUCAACGACAUAUAUGGAGACUACAAAUACACAUACUGGGCAUGUGGCGUAAUCCUAAUCAUCGCAGGCAUCUAUCUCUUCAUUGGCAUGGGCAUCAAUUAUCGACUUCUGGCAAAAGAACAGAAAGCAGAGAAGAAGCAGAAAAAGGAAAGUAAAGAGGAGGAGACCAGUAUAGAUGUUGUUGAGAAACCAAAAGAAGUUACCAAUGCAGCAGAAUCUCCAGAGCAGAAAGGCACAGAAGGAAGCCCCAAAGAGGAGGAGAGUCCAGUCUGAACCCGUGGGGCUGAAGGGUAAAUGGAGCAGCCUGUGACCCAAGAUAUCUGAAGAUAUUCUGCUGGCCUGUAAUCUACCAGUGGUGCUCAAUGCAAAUAGUGGACAUUGUGUGGAAAUCAUACCAGGUGUUCAUUGAUGGAAUUUUUGUUUCACUCCUUACCAGUUGCCUGAAUUAAAAAUGCCAUAUCUUUUGGGGAGGAAGUGGUUGGCAAAGAAUGAGGGAGGAACGUCUUUUUUUUUCUUUUUUUUAAUCUUAGCUUUUAACAGUGUCAGAAAGAUUAUAAUAUGUGCCUUAAGUUUUAGUCUUUAGAACUCUUUAGGGAGCCUUAACUUUUUAAAGCAUUCUGCUGAAUUCAUCUAUUUUAAGUGUCAUGUUAAAAGAGAAAAUAACUAACUUGUUUGAAGCAAAUCUAAAAUUUAAAAUUAUUCUUGCUUCAUUGUAAUUUGUAAUAUAUUGUCAGACAUAGUUACUGGAAGAUUUAUGAAUAGAAAUAUUGGUUGGAAGUUGGGGCUUUUAUAAAAUUCUGACUAAAAUAUUUUCCUAGCAUCAGUAGUUAGUUGCCUGGCAUAUGUGCCUGCUAGCUAUAUAUUUAGGAACGUAAAGCAUAAAACUUUGGAAACUUCUUGGCUGUUCUAGACACAUUGUACUCAUCAGCACCCCUCUAGUAUUGUUUCUUGGAAUGCUUAUUAGAAGCCAAGUGCUUGAGAGUUAAUUUCAUUAAAUUAUAUUUUUGUUCUCCUUUUCAGAGACCUAUUUUGAGUGGUUAUAGAUCAUUGCCCUUUUGAGAUCACUUAGUAUUAUUUUUUUCGCUGUAAAAGUAUUAAAAUAUACAGAACUAUAUAUUUAUGCUUCCUUGGUAAAUACAACAUAUCUAAUUAAAUGUAGACAGAUAUUUCAAACAGCAGCUGGAUUCAGUUUAGGUUUUUCCAAAACCUCAGUUAAGCUGUGAGACUUGGAAUCUUUCUGUUUUCCCUGGAAUUUUCCCCCUUUGAUCCGUAGUAGUUCCAUUUAUAUCUGCAUCUAGCUUAGAGCUGUGUGUGAGAUACUCAGUCUUUGUAUGUUUAAGGUUUUUUUUUUUUCCCCCAAUGUUUGCUAAUUAAAGAGAGCCAGAGAGAUUUGGCCCCAGGCAAACCAAUGAGGAUAAGAUUGGGAGGGAAGUUGCUAAGUGUACUUACUUUUAAUAAAUAACUCUUUUUCUUUUUUCUGAGAAGGCCUUAAAAAAAAUUAUGUUUUGCUUAGAAUUAUUGGACACAUUCUUACUCUCCACACAAAUCUAAAGAGUUGUGACCCUUUUCACUUACCUGAAAAGUAGAGAAAUGGGUUUAUUUUAAGGAUAGGAGGGAGGAUGGACCAGAGUGAAACGGUAUUUCUUAACCUAAUAUCUUUUAAAUUGAGGCAGGAAGAUAAUGAUAGACAUUCAAUGAAUUAUAUUCAGUGCAUUUUAAAGUAGCAUUGUAAUUGACAGCGAAAGUGUAGAUACAAAACCUUGUAUAAGGGGCUGGCUUUUCCAAAUAAACUUUUUUUUUUU